GCGCUCCCCACCUUUUUCCAUUCUUGCCAUUUUACUGAGAAGUGUUCCUAUACGAAACACCUCAACAAACAAAGAAGUAGAAAACGUUUGCCAAUCUCUUAGCCUCCACCCACAACCCAUACAAAGGACACCGGCGCUGCAGUGACAGACCUAAAAAAGUGACCUAACCCCAAAAGAUGUCUCCUCCCCACAACGAUACCUACCCUGCUCCUACUGCUACUGCUGCUCCCACCAUGUCCCCUCCUCUCUUCAAAGUAAACUCUCCUAACGUUGAGUACACUGACUCCCACAUCCAAUCCAAGUACACCUACACCAACACCAUCGUCUCCAAGAAGGCUGAUGGUAGCCUUGUUGCCGAACCUGUCGAACAAGUUUACCAGUUUAAGACCGAACGCACUGUCCCCCGCGUUGGUUUGAUGAUGGUCGGCUGGGGUGGUAACAACGGUACUACUCUCACUGCCUCUAUCCUCGCUCACAAGCGCAACAUUACCUGGCGCACCAAGUCUGGUGUCCAGACCCCCAACUACUUUGGCUCUCUUACUCAAGCCUCUACUGUCCGUCUUGGCGUUAGUGCUGAGGGUGAAGAUGUCUACGUUCCCUUGUCCCAGAUGCUCCCCAUGGUUAACCCCACUGAUCUUGUUAUUGGUGGAUGGGAUAUCUCCGGACUUUCCAUUGGUGAUGCUAUGGAGCGUGCCCAGGUGCUUGAGUACGACCUCCAGCGCCAGGUCCGCGACGAAUUAGCCACCCUCAAACCCUUGCCUUCCAUCUACUACCCCGAUUUCAUUGCCGCUAACCAGUCGGAUCGCGCUGACAAUUUAUUGCCGGGUAACGACAAGCGUCAACACUGUGACAAGAUCCGUAAAGACAUCCGUGACUUUAAGAUUGCCAACAACCUCGACAAGGUUGUCGUCGUCUGGACCGCCAACACAGAGCGUUAUGCUGAUCUCAUCCCUGGUGUGAACGACACCCCCGAGAACUUCUUGGCAGCCGUGGCUUCCUCCCACGACGAGGUUGCUCCUUCAUCCAUCUUUGCUUUGGCUUGUAUCGAAGAAGGUGUUCCUUUCAUCAACGGUUCUCCUCAGAACACCUUUGUUCCUGGUCUUUUGGCCUUAGCCGAACGUGAACGUGCAUUCAUCGGUGGUGACGAUUUCAAGUCCGGUCAGACCAAGUUCAAGUCGGCUAUCGUGGAUUUCCUUGUGAAUGCUGGUAUUAAGCCCGUCGCAAUUACCUCGUACAACCACUUGGGUAACAACGAUGGCAAGAACUUGUCGUCGCACAAGCAAUUCCGCUCCAAGGAAAUCUCCAAGUCUACUGUCGUAGAUGAUAUGGUUGCUGCCAAUCACUUGCUUUACAAGAAGGACGAACAUCCCGACCACACUGUCGUGAUCAAGUACGUUCCUUCGGUUGGCGAUUCCAAGCGUGCCCUGGAUGAGUAUGAGUGCGAUAUCUUCAUGGCUGGUCGUCAGUCUAUUUCCAUCUACAACAUCUGCGAGGACUCUUUCUUGGCCUCUCCUUUGAUCAUCGAUCUUGUUGUUAUGGCUGAAUUGAUGACUCGUAUUGAAUACAAGACUGGUGAUAUGACCAAGUAUAGCCGUUUCCAAAGUGUUCUCUCUAUCUUGAGUUAUAUGCUCAAGGCACCUUUGGUUACCCCUGGUACUCCCGUUGUCAAUGCCCUUGGCAGACAGCGCUCUGCUAUUGAGAACAUUUUCAGAGCUUGUGUUGGUUUGGCUCCCAACAACGAGAUGGGUUUGGAACACAAGAUUUGGAAGCAGUAAUACAAAGAAAUGAAAUAUCAAAAACCCAAGACAUUGUUUCUCUUGGUUUGUUACAAAUAAAAUAAAUAGCGGUAUUCUUCUGUAUUCUUUUUACAAAGAUUAUCAGAACUAUAGCAAUGUUUUACAAAAAAAAUGCCUUUUGUCAACUGU